AUGACAUCAACGAAAUCUCGACCUACUUUCGCUGAGCUGCCUCUGAAUCCAAAUGACCCUCCAUACUCGGCAUGGGGCCUCUGGGGAGCUGAUGAUGAAGUUGGAACACUGGAUCUACUUGAUGAAUCCACCGUGACUAGAGCAGCCAACGCUAGGAGACACACACGUGAAUUCAGCCAUAACGUAUACGAGCACUCUACCGAACUCAUUGCAAUAGAUGAUGAGUUGCAUUUCAACAUGCAGAAAAGUAGCCAGGCCGAUGGGCUACGCCACUUUGCUUAUCAGAAGUCCGACUUAUGCUAUAAUGCGAAGUCCAAAGAUAAUAUCCAGAACUCUGGUUCCCUGACACUAGGGAUUCAGCAGUGGCAUGGCAAUGGAUUGGUCACCGGUCGAGGCAUCCUGAUCCACUACUGGGCAUACGCAAAGCGACAUGACAAGGUAUACGAUGCGACCGGCGGCACUUCCAUCACGUACGAUGAGCUGAUGGGCCGUGUUGCCGAGCAAUCCCAACUCUCAAAGCAGAUUAUCGAAGUACGAAGGGGUGACAUAUUGCUGAUUCGAUCCGGGUUCACAAACAAAUACGUCGAGCUAUCAGACGACCAGGAGGGAGAACUCACCACACACAACGCCCCCCAGGACAUGUGGGAUGGCUCAAGACGAGAGAAUGCUGCAGUUCCUUUGGGAGAAAGAGGCGGCCAUGGUGGGAGUCUUAUUGGCUGGCUGGGAUGUCCUAUUGGAGAAUUACUUUGGUUAGAGCAUCUUGCUCGAGCCUGUGGUGACCAUAAGAAAUGGACCUUCUUUCUCACAUCGACCCCACUCAAUGUUCCCGGCGGAGUCAGUAACCCUGCCAAGAUGAUUGCCAUUCUUUAA